GAGAAAGAAGAGGAAAUAAAACUACAAAACGACGACACGAGGACCUCCAAAAACGACGACGGAGCAAACAUGCACUCUUUUGGAUACAGAGCAAACGCCUUGCUAACGUUCGCCGUCACCAUCCUCGCUCUAAUGUGCGCUAUCGCCUCCGUCUCCGACACCCUUAAUCACCCUACUCCCUCCGCUGAAAUCCAGAUAUCGAAUAUUAAUUGGUUCCAAAAGCAACCGCAUGGGAAUGACGAGGUCAGCUUGUCGAUGAACAUAUCAGCGGACUUGCAGUCAUUGUUCACAUGGAACACAAAGCAGGUUUUCCUAUUUGUUGCGGCUGAGUAUGACACCCCCAAGAAUUCUUUGAACCAAGUUUCUCUAUGGGAUGCUAUAAUUCCUACCAAAGAGCAUGCAAAGUUUUGGAUUCACACCUCAAACAAGUACCGAUUCAUUGAUCAGGGAAGCAAUCUUCGCGGCAAGAAAUUCAACUUGACAUUGCACUGGCAUGUGAUGCCCAAGACAGGCAAGAUGUUUGUGGACAAAAUAGUGUUGUCGGGAUACCGGUUGCCUGAGGAUUACAGAUGAUGGAGAGCUUUCUUUUUAUGAUUUUUCUGUAACUUCAGCUCUUCCAACAUACUGAUAAGAAAGGUAAUCUAAGUCAUAAACCAUAAACAGGGAAAUUUCAUUUUUCUGAAGUUGGAUCCUACUUUUUCACCUUCUAAUGCAAUCUUUGACACCAAUCGUGUGCCGGAAAUUCGGUCCAUUACCCCAAAUGCUGGCAGCAGAACAACAAAUUGGAGGGAUGAAUAAGUGUGAACUGAUUAUCCUUGUAUUUGUUCAGCUGAAGAUUUGGCAAGCUGUGAAAAACUAUCUUUUGUUUGACUUGUUUUUGUUAACAGUAUCUGCAGGAAAAAGAUCAGGAUUUCUGUUUA